GUUAGCACGAAUCGGCUAGUUGCAUGUGACGGCAUCUUGCAACUUCUAUAAUAAAAACGCGGCGGCGUUCAUAUACUGCGAUGAUCACCUGUACAAUCCCUUACCAUCCUUGAAUAACCAUGCCUGGCUCCUCGAGGUUACCGGUCAGCCUACGAGACACCAUCAGCGGCCCAAGAGCAUCGGCGCGCAAACAACUACUGGCCCUGAAUCUUGACUUAUUGAGGAACAUCGUAUUCGCUCUAUUCCUCCUACGAUGGUCGCGUAAAGCCUUCUAUCAGCUCAAGGGCCGCGGUAUCGCAGGCUCUUCUGUCGACGCGUACAUAUCGAUCCGGCGCACCUUAUAUGGCAUAUUUCUCAGGCUGCCUGGUGUUCGAUCCAAGGUUCAGGCCGGCAUCGAUCAGUCCAUCAUUGAUCUCGAGAAGAAGCUUAUCGCAAGCGGACCAGACACAGAGCGCUUCCUUGCGCUUCCACAGAAUGGAUGGACUGGAGAAAAGGUUAGACAAGAGCUGGAAAAGCUUUAUGAGAUGAAGCAUACGAGGUGGGAGGAUGGAAGGGUCAGUGGCGCAGUAUAUCACGGUGGAGAUGAUCUUAUCAAGUUGCAAACGGAAGCUUUUGGAAAGUUCACUGUCAGCAAUCCGAUUCAUCCAGAUGUCUUUCCUGGUGUGAGAAAGAUGGAAGCAGAGAUCGUGAGCAUAGUUCUCGGAAUCUUCAAUGCGCCACAGGGCUCUGGUGGGGUGACAACGAGCGGUGGCACUGAGUCUAUUCUUAUGGCUUGCCUCAGUGCCCGACAGAAAGCAUAUCAUGAGCGCGGAGUCACUUCGCCGGAGAUGAUUCUUCCUGAUACGGCUCACACUGCAUUCCGCAAAGCAGGCGAGUAUUUCAAGAUCAAGAUCCAUUUAGUGAAAUGCCCUGCCCCGCAUUACAAAGUACACAUCCCGUCCGUGUCCCGACUCGUCAACCCGAACACAGUCCUGCUCGUUGGGUCGGCACCCAACUUUCCACACGGGAUCAUCGACGAUAUCUCGGCCCUGUCGAGGCUUGCAGUCCGCAAGUCAAUACCUCUGCAUGUCGAUUGCUGCCUCGGCAGUUUCCUUGUACCUUUUUUGCAAAAGGCAGGGUACGAAUCGGAACCUUUCGAUUUCCGCCUGAAGGGUGUCACCAGUAUCAGCUGCGAUACCCACAAAUACGGUUUUGCACCAAAGGGUAACUCUACCGUACUGUACCGAACAGAGAAACUGCGAAGCUACCAAUACUUCGUCUCUCCAGACUGGUCAGGGGGUGUCUACGCUUCACCCUCGAUUGCGGGAUCCCGCCCUGGAGCACUCAUAGCUGGUUGCUGGGCGAGCUUGAUGACGCAAGGCGAGAACGGGUAUAUCGAUGCGUGUCACAAGAUUGUCGGUGCCACUAAACGCAUUGAGUCUGCGAUUCGCGACGACCCUGCGCUCAGCUCUGAUCUCAAGGUUAUCGGCCGACCCCUCGUCAGCGUCGUUGCGUUCUCGUCAUCGACACUAUACAUAUAUGAUAUCGCAGAUGGCAUGUCAGCCAAAGGCUGGCACCUGAAUGCUUUGCAGGAUCCACCAGCCAUCCACGUGGCUGUGACGCUACCGAUCGUUGCGGCAGCCGACAAGAUGUUGAAGGAUCUCGCAGAUGUGCUCGAGGAGGAGCGAGAGAAGGAUCGGAAGCGGAUCGCGGAGGGCAAGGGCCGUAAGGGUGAGGCGCGAGGGAGUGCCAGUGCUCUGUAUGGUGUGGCGGGUAGUCUGCCCAACAAGGGCGUUGUCGUAGAGCUCGCAAAGGGCUUCUUGGACACACUGUACAAGGCCUGAAGGAGAUGCACGGUAUGUGUUACCCACAGACGAAGGAGGCGGUCGUGUACUAUAUUCUAGUAACCAGAAAUAGCACCAUCGGAAGAAGCACAAAUCUAUGCAUAUGAUCAUCAGAGCCACACUGGCUACAACGCCAAUCCGUUCCAACAUCAUCACCCUUCUACCCUCUCCACAUACAAUCAAGCUUCCUCCCCAAUCUCCACCUCCCCCUCCCCCUCCCCCUGCCUCCG